CUAAUCUUAAUAAUAUUCAAUUUGAGAAUGAACAAACUAUUCAUCAAGAUUCUAUAAUUCAAAAUAAUCUUAAGAGAAAGUUUUCUAAUCUAGAUAAUAAAUCUGAAAGUAAAUUACAUGAAAUUCAUAAAAAAUUUUAUAUAAAUUUGGAAGAAACAAAACUUAUUUAUAAAAUAUAUGAGCAAUCCUAUACUAUUAACAUUACUACAACAAAUCUUAAAAAACAUUUUGAAAAAAAUCAUAAAGAAAAAUAUAUUGAAAUUUUAAAUAACCAGAGUUUAAUUCAACAACAAACAAAUAAUUGA